CUGAUAAUUGUUAAAUCAGAAAAGGGCAUCGAGAAGGGUCUCACAAGCGAGCGCUUUUCUGCCCUUUCCCUUUUGAUGGACGAUGAUCUUCGUCUUUGUUGGAAUCCCUAAUGUCCCAUUUACCAUUUAGACCAAUCCCAUUUCUUUUCUCGAAUCUUUUUGUCUUUCUAUUAGAUUUCUGUCUCCUUUUACCUUAAUUCUUGCUCCCCAUUUCUACCUAACCAAUUUCUGCCUCAAGCCUCGUUUACCCUCACUAUUUCUUUCAAAGAGAACCUACCUGCACCAUCAGGGUCUUUCUCGUGUUGUUGAGGCUUGGUCUUUUGGAUAUUUGAGGAUUUAGAUACAUUGGUAUAGAGUAGAGUUUCUUUUGAUUUUUGGGGUUUGAUUUUUUGCUACUGGGUUUUGAUUUUGAAGUCUAAAUUGUUGCAUGUCCUUGAGGAAUUGAUCGGUUUCUGUGAAGAGCAUCUGAUUCAAGUAUUUGCAAAAAAGUCUAUUUUUGCAACUGGGUUUCGAAAUUUUCUUUGUUUUGUUUUUAGUUUUUGGGGUUUUGUUUUUGGAGGUGGCUUUAUCUGUUGAGCUAAAUGAGAAAUUAAAUUUUUUUUUUUUUUUUUGCUCGAGUUUGGGAGAUAGAUAUAGGAGAUGAAGAGAGGGAAAGAUGAUGAAAAGAAAAUAGGGCCUAUGUUCCCUAGGCUUCAUGUGAAUGAUACAGAUAAAAGAGGGCCAAGAGCACCUCCAAGGAACAAGAUGGCCCUUUACGAGCAGCUCAGUAUUCCUUCUCAGAGGUUCAACUCUGGUGUUUUGCCUCUCAACCCCAGUAAUGCUAGCAACUUGUUUCCUGCUGGAUCCUCAAGUCAGGGGAAUGGCUUUGAAAGAAAUUUGCCUGUCCCAGUUCGUGCCUCGCCUACACCCUCUCAUCUGGAUGGGAAGCUCCAUUCUUGCCAGCAUGAUGGAGGAAACUCAAAUGCUUCAUCAGCCCAACUUGAGCAGAGGAAGAAGGUAGGAGAUGAAGAUGAUUUCACAGUACCUGUAUUUGUUCACUCUGGGAUGGACCAAUGUCUUCAUAAAAAUCGGAAUGGCAUUGAUAGGGAAAUGCUCUCUCCCUUUAGCCAAAAUUACUCAGGUUCAAGAAAAAUACAAAAUGCGGGCAAUACUUGCAAAAUUAAUAAUAGCUUCAGAGACCCCAAUUUGAGACAGGAUGUAAAAAAUGACAGUGAGGAGAACCUGGAGGUCUGUGUAUCGAGUAGGGAUAAUUCAGCAAGGCCUUCAAUGAAUUUACCAACUAGGGAGAGGAUAACUAGGCCUGGGGAUGCAUCUUUAGAUCAACAAAAUCAAGGGCACCUUAGAGCCAAUUUUAACAAAUUGUCUGAAAGUGAUGCUUGUUUGCUACAAAAUGGCAGCACACACAGUGAAGAUGUUCCUGAGCUAACAACAGAAAUGGAGAAAGGUAAUAUUCCCCGGUCUAGAAGCGACUCUCAUUCAAAGGAGGUUCUUAAUAGUCCCAAUGAACCUGAAAUUGAUAGUGAAUCUUGUGGAGACAAGACAUGUAGGUCACUGCAAUUGGGAAAUGGAGAUAAAAGUGAUGGUGUUUCUGAGACCUCGAUGGUGGACUCCAUAUCAGCAUUGGAUAUUUCUCCUGACGAUAUUGUUGGAAUAAUUGGUCAGAAACGCUUCUGGAAAGCAAGAAGGGCAAUUGUCAAUCAACAAAGAUUGUUUGCUUGGCAAGUGUUUGAGUUGCAUAGACUGAUGAAGGUUCAACAACUGAUUGCUGCAUCUCCAAAUCUUUUACUGCAAGACAUUGCUUAUCUGGGAAAACAUUCUUCAAAGGUCUCUCCUGCAAAGAAACUUCCGUCGGAGUAUGUGGUAGCACCUGCAGUGCAUGUUGCAAAGCGCAAAGGAGAUUCUGAGAAACCAAACCAUAAGAUGGAAUGUUCUGCCGAGAAUGCAGUCGGGAAGACAUCACUUUCUUCUGUGAAAAGUGGUAGUCAGACCUCUAAUUAUGGGUCUUGUACUGGGAACCCACUACCCGUUCCUGUGUCUACCGAUCCAAAAGUGGGUCCUUGGUGUUUCCAUCAUUCGCUUGGGCAUCAGUGGUUAAUUCCGGUAAUGUCCCCUUCAGAAGGACUUGUAUACAAGCCAUACACUGCACCUGGAUUCACGGAUUCAGCCUGUGGAGGAUGUGCGCCUUUAGGGCCAACUCCUCUGAAUGGUAGCUUUAUGAAUCCAGCCUAUGGGAUAUCAGCUUCGCAUCAUCACCAUCAAGGAACUGGGGUCCUACCAUUUGUUCCUCCAGGUGUUCAUGGUUACUUCCCUCCAUAUGGCAUGCCUGUCGUAAAUCCAGGAAUCUCAUGUUCAGCAGUGGAACAAAUGAACUUCUUUGCAGGAUCUGGUGUGUAUGCUCAAACUGGUCAGUUACCAGGAGGAGGAGCAAACCUUAAUCUGCGACAUCAAAGCUCGUGUAACGUGCCAACACAGAAGAGCACUCCACAAGAUACGAAGUUCCAGGCAUGUAAAGACAUGGAGCUACAGGGAAGCACUGCAAGUAGUCCCAGUGAGAAGACGCAAGGAGUUCGAACUGCUCAAGCUGCUGAAGGAAGAAAUGCAGUUCCACCGUUCCCAGUAGCUCCUGCUGGUCCGCAAGGAGUGUCUGUGCCUCAAGUGAGUGAUCAGCCAAGAAGGGUGAUCAAGGUAGUGCCUCACAACCCUAGAUCUGCUACUGAAUCAGCAGCUCGAAUUUUCCAAUCUAUACAAGAAGAAAGAAAACAGCAUGACUCUACUUAGCAUAUCAUGAUAUCAGACAUUAGUUGAGAACCGUAUUCAACAUGGCACUUGUAACUUACAUUUGUUUUUUGAUUCCUUGCUGUACUUUGUUAGGGCAUGAUAUUUUGCAACAUUCUCUUUCUCCUCAUUUUGGUUGACCUUAUUAUAGGGCUAUUCAUCUGUAGAUACCAUGGCGGAAAAAAUACAGGAAAGCUAUGUAACAUGAAUGUGUUGGCCUUCAUGCUACUAUGUAUAACAUCUGAAAUGAACUUUA